AUUUACCCCAAUCAUGGGUUCAAUCUAUGAAAUCGAAGUUCACGGAUAUACCCUAAAGUGAAAAGAACAAUCUUUUUGUUCUAAUUUUUAGUUCAGAUGAUAUAAUUUCUGAACACCCUUAUAUUGCACAAUGUAGAUACUUCCUCUUUCUAACACAGUUGGUGUAGCACUAUAGAAAUGAGAAAGAUGCAGGUGCUUGGAUCACAAAACACCAAAUUGAAGACUGAAUUGGAAUGCCAAUUGAGCAAAAUGCAUGUACUUUUUCAAGAAAGUGAAAAGCUGAAAGAGGAAGUAGCAUAUCAACGAAAAGAACUUGAACUAAGAGCUAAUGAACUGGACAAAAGAGAGUCACAACUUGAGAUUGAACGCAAAAGCUUUUACAAAGAGAAGGAAAAGAUAGCUCAAAACCCCUUAGACAGUGAAUAUGGUAUGAGUGUCCUUAUCAAUGACUUAAGGGAAAAACUGACUGAAAAAGAGGAAGAAUUACAUGAUAUGGACAUUUUAAACCAAACUUUGAUACUUAGAGAACACAUGAGCAACAACGAGCUACAAGCUGCUCGAAAGGAACUGAUAAACGUUUUGCCCCAAGUUUUGGAGGGAACUUCUAUAAUUGGGUUAAAAAGAAUGGGAGAAGUUGCUCAGAAACCUUUUCAAGAUGUGUGUUUGCAGAGAUUUUCUAGUCAAGAUUGGGAAAUGAGAUCAGUUGAGUUAAGUUCAUUGUGGCAAGAUAAGGUGAAUACUCCAAAUUGGCAUCCUUUCAAACAAGCUGUAAAAGAUGGAAAAUUACAGGAAAUAAUAGAUGAAGAUGAUAGCCAUUUGAGAGAGUUAAAAAGUCAAUGGGGUGAGGAAGUAUGCAAUGCUGUAGUGAAGGCGUUGUUGGAAUUAAAUGAGUAUAAUUCAAGUGGGAGAUAUGUUGUAUCAGAGCUUUGGAACUUCAAAGAAAAUAGAAAAGCGAGUCUUAAAGAAGUUAUUGAUUGCUUAGUCCACCAAUUGAAAGCAAACAAGUCACUUAAACGUAGAAGAGAUGGUCAACGCCCAAAUUGACUUCUUAACAAACUCUUUGUUAUACAUUUAAAUUGUUGUAUGCUAAUUUAACUUCAAAGACUUUUCACUUAAUAUAUGAACCUUGGGUGUCUGUAAAAGAUUUUUUUUUUUUUGAAAUUAUGAUUUGGUCAAAUUGUGGUGAUUGUGAGACAGAGAUAAAAGAUUUGAUGAGUGGAUGAAAAUUGAAAUACAGAGGAUCGAAUCCCUGAAGAGUGGAUAUUUCUUGGCGUUUACCUUGUAUUUUUUUCUGAGUGAUUCAGUGUUGCAUUAUUUGUACAACACAAUGAUUUAUUACAUUAUCCAUGUGACUAUGUGAGUGAGACUAUGUUGACAUCUGUGCAGGUUGC